AUGAUUCGGUUUGAAAAUCGCACAUUUGGCGAUUUAAUUGUCCUCGACCAUAUCCCCGAAGAUGACAUCACCGCCAAUACCAUCAAAACCCUUGAAUUAUACAAAUGGCUUAUAAAACAUGGAUCCAAGUACGAAUUUGUGACCAAAUUAGACACCGAUGUUUGGAUCAAUGCUCCUGCGUUCUGGGAGAAGUACCUGGUCCCUAGGUUAUCCAACCAGACGGGUCAUCUAACAGCUGCUGUAAACCGAACCGUUAUUGGGCAGCUCUAUUUCUCAGACUCGGGAUACAAUACCUUCGCACAUGGGUCAAUGUACACAAUCACCUGGGAUAUGGUGCAAUUACUAGUUUCGCUGCAGGAGAGGUUUAAUGUCUUGACCGGUGAGGACGCAGCUGUCGGUAUCCUAAUGCACAAGGGAUCUCAGACGGCAAACUUUGUCAACUUUCGUGGCGACGAGAAGUUUGAUUACGACGAUUCCGACUCUAGAGAACAUGACUUCGCGUGGGCAAGGGCCGGCACUCACCCUCAUGCGAUAUCGCACGCAGUCUAUGGAAGCAAUGUUAUUGCUGUCCACAAGCUGAAAGACAAACGCCUUUGGAGAAAAGUCGCCAACUGCUUUAGUCAAGGGGGCAUUAACCCCAUGCCACCAUUACAAAGGCCUGAACGGAGACUAUCCCUUCGGACUCGCUGGAACGACUGGAUGCAUUCAAUAGGACUCUCAAGACCGUACGUAUCAAUGAUGGAAACGAUUCCAAAAGCGCUCCUAACCUACGACAUCGAUCAUUGGGUGUGCGAUAAUAUCUGGAAUUUAGGAGCAUCCCAAGAAGGAUUCAAUACUUACGUGGCAGAUGCCAACGUUGUUUGA